CUUCAACACAGGCAAGGAUCUAUACGGGCGUUGAAAGUCAGGAAGCAGCACACGUAAUAGAAUCUCAGGAGUCCCCAUGUCUACUGUUGAGGAAAAGAAACGCGGGUCGAGUUCAAGGGACGUCAAUGCGCCUGCGAACUCACCCUUUGGUGGCCGUAUCCUUGUAGACGAAUCUGCUGUUUUUGAACAAAACGCUUGGGACCAUGCAACAUGGGGCGAGGAACAGGAGCAGCACGCACGAGACCAAAUUGCACGUCAGAGUAGGGAUCCAGUGCCACAGGAACUCGUGGAAACAUACCAUGCAGAUGCGGCCGAAUACUGGAACAGAUUCUAUGCUAAAAACGAAAACAAAUUCUUCAAGGAUCGACAUUGGCUGCGGAUCGAGUUCCCGGAGCUCUUUCAGACAAUUGAGGCAGAUGCAGGAGAGAAGAAUGUCAUGGAGAUUGGCUGUGGAGCGGGCAAUACCAUGUUCCCGAUGCUGAUCGAAAGCAAGAAUCCAAAGCUAUUUGUCUAUGCUUGCGACUUCUCCUCGACCGCCGUAGAGGUUGUGAAGAACAAUGUGGAAUAUGACUCUAAGAGAGCAAAGGCAUUUGUUUGGGAUCUGGCCAGCGACGAUAUACCACCGGAGGUCGAACCAGAGUCGAUGGAUGUUUUGGUUCUGAUCUUUGUACUCUCGGCGUUGCACCCUGACAAGUGGGAUCGAGCAAUGAACAAUCUCUACAGGCUGCUGAAACCAGGAGGAUUGAUCGUCUUCCGCGACUACGGGCGCUACGAUAUGGCACAACUGCGAUUCAAAAAGAACCGUCUCCUCUCCGAUAACUUUUACGUGCGCGGAGACGGCACACGGGUCUACUUUUUCGACUCUGACGAGAUCGUGAAGCUGUUUGGUUCACGGUUCACGAUCGAACAGAAUGCAGUCGAUCGACGAUUGAUCGUCAAUCGUCUACGGAAGGUCAAGAUGUACAGGGUAUGGUUGCAGGGCAAAUUUAGGAAACCAUUAGCUGGUCAGCCUCCUGGAAAGCCCUCGGCCACGACCGUUACCACCAAUGACGAUUCUUUGGAGGGGUCUGAUGCGAUCGACGGACCUAUUGAUAGCUCGCGUUCAUUAGAUACCCCUUCUGAAUCGCCAGCGCACUCAGGGACCGCCACACCUGUGUAGUACGUCUGUAUGCUGCAGCGGAAUAGGUGGAAUAAAGAAAAUAUGAGCCC